GUAAUUAAAGACAGAAUUUUUUUAUUUUGGGGUGAACUAACCCUUUUAAAGAGUUUAGAAAAUGUCUUAAUUAUAAUUAAAUUGGUUUUGUUACAUGUCUAAACAUUAUAGCAUUUGAAUUGCUUAGUUUAGUUUUAGAGAAAUGUUUGGACUGUUUCUGUACACACAGGCUGUUAUGGUAGGAUAUUGUCAUAUAAAAUAUCAGACUUUUUCAUUCAGUUAGUGUUGCCAGGUAACUGUUAUACUAUGAAAAUAGAAGUUGCUUUGCAUCUUAUGACAGUGAGGAUAAACUGUUGGCAGUACAUAGCACCUGACUUUACCAAAGCAUAAUGUGCAUUCAUAUAAGCAAUGCUAAUCUUGAUCAUCUUCAGCAAAUCUUAUUUUAAUCUUAAUUCUAUUCUGAACUGUUUUUUGUAUUCAUUUUUAUUGCAUGCAUGUUGUUGUUGUUGUUGUUGUUGUUGUUGUUGUUGUUUUUUUUUUUUUUUUUUUUUUUUUUUAGGAAACAUGUAUUAUAAAGGCUUGUGUAGAAUUUAUUUUAUUAUCCCAGUGUAGUCCCUGUAGUCUAAGAUAGUAGGUUAGUUUUAUCCACUAUUUAAGCCAUUUAAAUUCAUUAGAUUUUAUUGCAUUUUUAAUGCCCCAUCUUUCUAACCUCUGAAAUGCAUUGUUAAACACAACCGAGUCCUUAAACCUAAAAAUCUGAAUGGUUGAUUAAUUGGAUGGUCAAUACUGGUUUUCCAUAAUGGGGCUACCACCAUUUUGUCCAGGAACUUCCAGAGUAUUCCAGAUUUCCACACUGGAAGACUGCUCGGAGGAGACUCCUCUGACCUUUUCUUUCUGGAAUAACCAUAACCUUAACACUUUGAUCACUUUGGCCACUCAUAGACUUCAUAAGCAUUCAACAUAGCAGGAAAUGUCAUGUUUCUGACGUGAGAGUGUCUUUAGUAGCCACACCCCUUGCUCUCUGAACAGCCUUAGGUUCUCCGGCAGAAUCUUAAUCCGACAUUUUUACACCGCCAACUCUAAAAAGGUUCUUCUUAAAGGUCUAUCCACUCCAGGAUUUAGGAACGAUCGCUCAUCAGCUUCCAGCUCGCAAAACAAAGCUGGAGGGUGCUUCAGGUUGUCAGCGCUGGAGAUAUCAGUCCAAAAGAAAACCAGCAGAAAAUUCUUCCCUCUUCACCCCCCCCCCCCCCCCCCCCCCCCCCAACUUUUCUCCUCUUCGGGUUGCUUCUCAUGAACCUGUCACACUUGUGUGGCUGUCUUGUUUGAGCGCUGUUGAAGGUUAAUAUUUAAUCCAAAUUUAUUUCUAACCCAAAUUCCCCCUCUCGUAACUUUUUUCAAGCACAGAGCCUGAUUGUGCAGGUUAACAGGUUUUCAGCACCGUCCAAGGGGAAGAUAACAGUUGGAAUGUUCUCUGAGAGCGUAUGGAGGUUUAGAUCAGCGUUCAAGAACAGAUGCUCUUCAAGUCUCCAUCUCCUGAGCCCAUCUACAACAGCGAGGGCAAGAGGCUUAACACGCGUGAAUAUCGUACACGCAAGAAACUGGAGGAAGAGAGACAUUCUCUCAUUACAGAGAUGGUGGGACUGAACCCUGAAUUCAAACCCCCUGCUGACUACAAACCACCAGCUACUCGUGUCAGUGAUAAGGUGAUGAUUCCUCAGGAUGAAUAUCCAGAGAUCAACUUUGUUGGGCUUUUGAUUGGGCCACGUGGAAACACUCUGAAGAACAUUGAGAAGGAGUGCUGUGCUAAAAUCAUGAUUCGUGGUAAAGGUUCAGUGAAGGAAGGGAAGGUGGGUCGUAAGGAUGGACAGAUGCUUCCAGGAGAAGAUGAACCUCUUCAUGCAUUGGUCACUGCUAACACCAUGGAGAAUGUCAAGAAAGCUGUAGAGCAGAUCCGUAAUAUCCUCAAGCAGGGCAUUGAGACGCCCGAGGACCAGAAUGAUCUGAGAAAGAUGCAACUGAGGGAACUGGCGCGACUCAAUGGCACUCUGAGAGAGGAUGAUAACAGGAUCUUACGCCCAUGGCAGAGCACAGAGCCUCGCAGCAUCACAAACACAACUGUCUGUACAAAGUGUGGUGGAGCAGGUCACAUCUCAUCAGACUGCAAGUUUACCAGUUCCUUUGCUCCCCGGGCAGGCGAACCACCCCAAUCUGCUCAGGAUAAGGCCCGUAUGGAUAAAGAGUACUUGUCUCUCAUGGCAGAGUUAGGAGAGGCUCCAGUCCCAGCCUCUGGUGGGGGCCACAGCAAUCCUCCCCCUGGUGGACCUCGUCCAACAGGACCCAACAACAACCAACCACCACCAAAUCGCCCUCCUUGGAUGAAUUCAGGCCCUGCUGAUAACAGGAAUUUCCAUGGCAUGCACCAGGGUCCUGGUGGGCCUCAUAACUUUCCUCCACCAAUGCCAAACAUGGGCGGCCCUCCUAUGCCACCAAACCCCAAUGGAAUGCCUCCACCCUGGAUGCAGCCGCCGCCCCCUCCAAUGGGCCAGGGCCCAGCACCACCUGGACACCCAAUGAGUUUAUUGCCACCACCCAUGGGUAUGAUGCCCCCACCUCCACCUCCCCCCAACAACCAACCACCGCCUCCACCCUCAGGACCUCUGCCACCAUGGCAACAGCAAGCCCCUCCCCCACCACCCACCAGCAGCAUGGCAACCAGUGCUCCACUGCCAUGGCAACAGAAUACAACCACUACAUCCACCCCUGCCACUGGAAACCUGCCACCCUGGCAACAGCCUCAGCAGACGGCCACCUCAGCCACUCAGCCCCCUCCGCCCCUGGGCACCCCUUCUAUGGUGCCACCUCCACCUGGGGUCCAACCCCCACUUCCUCCUGGUGCCCCCCCUCCCCCUCCACCCCCUCCACCUGGCUCAGCAGGAAUGAUGUACGCACCCCCUCCCCCGCCCCCACCCAUGGACCCUAACUUUGUGACCAUGAUGGGGAUUCCCGGUAUGCCACCUUACGGGAUGCCUCCUGCGCCUCCACCUCCUCCGCCCCAGAGUUAAAGGCUGUUUAGUCUCUGUGGCCCUGUGAACGUGCAGUGAUGCCUAAAAUAUAUACACAGGACUAUAUCACGUUCUGUUCAUUUAACAGCUUGAUGUGAUUAGUUGCUAAAGGGUUUUUUUUUUUUUUUUUUUUUUUUUUUUUUCUAUUGAUUGCUCUUGGUUCAAAUUUGUUUCCCAUGCUUGGACACAAAAAUGGAGAUAGAGAGUAUGAGAUGGUAUGUUUAAUUUUGUAAAUUUACUUCAAUUGUCAAUGAUUUUUAAUUGUAGUAUUUGAUCUGUUAGUAUAAUAUUUGUUCAAAAUGACUUUGUGCAGGGAAUGUGUGUUUUUGUUUCUGCCAGCCUGCUAUUUCAUGUUUCAUUUCAAACCUUCUUCAGUGAGUAAAAAUGACAUCUGCUUAAGAUUCAGUUAGCAUUCCAACAGGUGUAUAAACAACCAUUUACACUCUUAACCAACUGUGCAUUUGUUGCUGCAUAGUAUAAAAAGACAUUUGUCUUCAAGAUAUUGUAGAUGAUUGACUUACUCUAUUAGGUGGUCAGUAUCAUUUUUGUGCUCACCAUGUACCCCCACCUCUCCUAAAAUUUUUAUUUAAAAGAACUUUUCAUUAAUGCCUUCCACCAAAUGUAUUUCAAUAUUUUUGUAAUGAAGCAUUCAACUAAAUAAAAGUUGGCAUUGGCAUGGUG